UUUCACCUUAGAUACAUUAAUGUAUUUAUUUGAAUUGUGCUUUGUAGUAUAAAUUAAGUGUAGUGAGUGGCUUACAGAUUGUAUUGUUUUGUUUGUGAUUUUGGAAGAUUUUUGCGAUAGUUUAUAAAUAAAUGUUAUUAAUUCGUAAGUUACUCAGCUGAUAAAUAAUUAUAUCACCUUAACGUGUAACGAAUGAAAGCGAAGUAUUUCUCUGUAAGGAGUCAAGAUCGAGAGAAUAAGUAUAUGAUAAUACAAAUGGGAGUAAAAUAAUAACAUAAACGGGUGCAAUAUAUUAGCGCCACUAUAAUUGAUUCCAUUCUUGAAUAUAUAUAGAGAUACUUGCACUGACUAUCAUGACAGACACUAGACGAAGAGUAAAGCUUUACGCUCUGAAUGCUGAUAGACAGUGGGAUGAUAGAGGGACUGGUCAUGUAUCCUCAUGCUAUGUAGAGAGACUAAAAGGUACAUCACUGUUAGUGAGAGCAGAAUCUGAUGGAACACUCCUGCUGGAGAGUAAAAUACAACCUGAUACAGCUUAUCAGAAGCAGCAAGAUACUUUAAUAGUAUGGUCAGAGGGUGAUAAUUUUGAUUUAGCAUUGAGUUUUCAAGAAAAAGCCGGUUGUGAUGAAAUUUGGGAGAAAAUUUGUCAGGUGCAGGGAAAGGACCCAUCUGUUGAAAUAACUCAGGAUAUAGUAGAAGAGUCAGAAGAUGAACGCUUUGAUGAAAUGUCUGAUAGUGUCCAACCGGUGGAGCUUCCUGCAUGUGAAAUGGGACGGUUGGAAGAUAUAAGUGAGCUCGUGAAUAGUUGUCUGGUGUCACCGGCAAGGAAGGACAAACUAGCAGCAGCUUUAGAAAGUCAGCAUUACAUUAAAAAACUGCUUAAUAUCUUUCACAUGUGCGAAGACAUUGAAAACAUUGAAGGAUUGCACCAUCUCUAUGAGAUAUUCAAGAGUAUAUUUAUUUUGAAUAAAACUGCACUGUUUGAAACAAUGUUUGCAGAUGAUACAAUAUUUGAUGUUGUGGGCUGUUUAGAGUAUGAUCCGAGUUUACCACAGCCAAAAAAGCACCGGGAGUACCUAAAAGAAUUAGCUAAAUUUCGUGAGGCCAUACCAAUUAAAAAUAAAGAUUUGCUAGCAAAAAUUCAUCAAACCUACAGAGUGCAGUAUAUCCAGGACAUUGUUUUGCCCACUCCAACAGUUUUCGAGGAUAAUUUACUGAGCACACUGACAAGUUUUAUAUUUUUUAAUAAAGUAGAAAUAGUGAAGCUUAUAGAGGAGGACGACAAGUUUCUUACUGACCUUUUUAAGUUGUUGAUGGAUGACAAAACUCCCGAUCUGAAGAGGCGAGACCUGGUUUUAUUUUUGAAAGAGUUUUGUAAUUUUUCACAAAAUCUACAGCCACAAGACAAGGAUGCAUUUUAUAAGACUUUGGUUUCAUUGGGAGUUCUGCCUGCUUUAGAAAUUACAUUAAGUAUAGAUGAUCAGAAAACCAAGACUGCAUCUAUCGAUAUACUCACAUACAUAGUUGAGUUUUCCCCGUCGGUUGUGAGGGACUAUACAUUGCAGCAAGCAAAUAGUACUGAAGAGGAGCAGAUGCUAUUAAAUAUAGUGAUAGAACAAAUGCUCAGGGAUCAAGACCCUGAGUUGGGGGGAGCUGUGCAGCUUAUGGGUGUCCUACGUAUACUACUUGAUCCAGAGAGCAUGUUAGCUUCGGUGAACAAAAGUGAAAAGGCAGAUUUUCUCAACUUUUUCUACAAACACAGUAUACAAACUUUAAUAGCACCAUUAUUAGAAAAUACCACAGGAGAUAAACCAGUGAAAGAGGAUUAUCACACAGUCCAACUACUAGGGCUUGUACUGGAGCUGUUGUCGUUUUGUGUUGAACAUCACACAUACCACAUAAAGACGUGUAUAUUAAAUAAGGAUCUGCUACGUCGUAUACUCGUAUUAAUGAGAUCAACACACACUUUCUUAGUGCUUGGCGCACUCAGGUUUAUGAGGAAAAUCAUAGCACUAAAAGACGAGUACUACAACAGAUAUAUAAUCAAAGGGAAUUUGUUUGCGCCAGUGAUUGACGCAUUUCUCAGGAACAAUGGAAGGUAUAAUUUGCUGGAUUCUGCAAUAUUAGAGCUGUUUGAAUUCAUCAAGUUGGAGGAUAUUAAAUCGCUAUGUUCCCAUGUUGUGGAAAACUAUGGGAAGAUUUUAGAAGAUGUAGAGUAUGUGCAGACGUUUAAAGCUUUAAAAACUAGGUAUGAUCAGCAUCAGGAUAAACUGAAAGAGAGAGAAAGAGUGAGUGGUAGUGUGGGUGUAGCGGAGGCUGUCGUACCGUCGCUGCUGCGGGCGCGGUACCGGCGCGAGGCUCGUCAGCCCGACGACGAGGAGGAGAUGUGGUUCAACGACGACGACGAGCUAGACGACGACGCGCCGCUCGACACGCCGCAGCCCCACGCGCAUCACGCGCUAGACGCCAUCGGCAAAAUCGUUGAAAAGAAAGUGUGCUUGAGUACGGAGAGUGUGAACGGUCCGAGCAGAGUAUUGCUCACCACCACGGCCGCGAGCAAACCCACGCACACCGACGUUCAGGUAUCCACGCCCACAUUACUCAAUAAGGGUCUCGUGGAUUACGACGGAGACUCGGACGAGGAGGAGGAGAGCGGGGGCAGCACCAGUGCGGGCACGGCCGAGGAACGCGAAGCGAAGCGACCGCGCCUCGCGUAGUGCAUUCCAUCCUCAACGUUUCAAGGAAUAUAAGAACAGACGUCUCGCGAAGAUUGUGCAGUAAGGAAAACAACAGUAUUCAAAAAUUAUUUCAGCUACUAGUUGUUAAUUUUUGUUAAAUUAAACCUUGUGAUUUACUUUUAAAUGAGAUCGCUGGUACUGACCAGAAAAGGUAAUGAUUCGAUUGCAGAUAUCUGAAUUGUUUAGUAGGGUUCAGAUAGAAGAGUGUUCGGACUUAUUUGUCGUUCUUCGGCGACACGCGAAAACAACAAAAAUAUUUCACACGUUUUUUAUUGUAGAAAUGACAAACAAAAAUUAGCAGAUCAGUCAUAAUAAUUAUUAUCCUAUUAUAAAAUACAUAUUUUUUUCAAUAUACAUCUCAACCCUCACUGCUCUCUUAUGAAAAGAAAAAUCACUGUAAAUAUAGCUUCACUUGCCAAAAAAGGCAGGUUAAUUUUGAAUAUUAUCGUCAUUUAGAACAAAAAUAUACUAAUAAUUUAUUGGUUAGGUUACUUCUUUGACAGUAAAAGUACAAACAAUUUGGGUGGAAGGGGAAGGUACGGAAUAGAACACCACAGGACAUUAUUAGGUGUGUAAUAUACGUAUUUAUAAAGAAUGUAGCUUAGCAUAGUUCUUAUGAUUUUAUGAGGGCACCUGAACUUUAUUAGUAGCGACACGUGAUUUUGCGGACGCGCACGUAAAAGUGCGUGCACGACGCACGCUGGACGCACAUGUAUAAUUGCUGCGAGUAAAGUUUAUGCGCCCUUGUCAAUUGCAACAAUUUAUAGUUCAUUACGGUAUAGUUGCUGUGGAAUUGCUUUACACUUGUUACGAGUAAUAUUAUUAAUAGUAUUCCCAAACUAUAUUAUUAUAGUUUGAUUACUAUUAUAAUGGAUGUAGGUUACGGAAAAUUUCGGCCAUUGACGUUUUCAAAUAAUAAAUGGUUCCGAACCUUUUAUGACUUCAAACAAAAAUAUUAUUUUAUUGUUAAUUAUUAAUUUAUUCAAAAUAAUGCUAAAUAUAAUCGAACAAACUUUACGUGCAUGUUACAAUCGGGCUUUUAUAUGAUAGUUAUUAAUUACUAUUUACUAACGAUGUAUCAAACACGUCGGUUUCUGAAAUAAAUUCGAAUUAAAUAAUAAAUUUGUCAGUUCUGGCGCUGGAGGCCACGCUACUUUUGUAAACGAUACAAAGAUAAUAUUAUUAUGUUUGUGCUUGGGUGAAAAAAAAGUAAUGCUAGGUUAAUGGCCAAAUUUCUCUGUCAUCCAUGUCCCGACUACAGUUGGACUUUUUUAUCAUUCUUUGACGUUGCGUUAUUUUAUUCAAAUCAAAAAUAUAUUUUGAAGACAUGAGUGGAUGAACCGGGUAACUAACAUUUUACAACAUAAGGGAAGUUACUCAUCUUUUCCCUAAUAAUUUGAACAAACCCUGUAAUUUACCUUGUUCAUCAUAUU